CUUAUUUCCAUUUUUCUGGUUCCAGAGAUUGGUCAAUAUUAUAUACCGCGCUUGUCGGUCCUUGCGUAACGUCGUUCUUGCUAAAGAGAAGAUAGUUGCUUCCAUAAUGGCAAUUCCCGAUGAAGUAUUUGAUCUUGUUUCAAAAGUUUCGAAUGGAAAUGGAAAUAUGAAGGAUUAUGAACGCAUUUGUUUGAUUCUAUCUAAUCUGACAACUACAGAACUGAGUUCUGUUUUUCAAAAAUGUGAUAUUUUAAAAGCAUUGAUGUCGAUUGAUUUACAUGACAAACAGUCUGCCCAAAUUGCGAUUAAAUUAGCUUCCAUUGUAUUCUCCCUCAUACCUUUAUUUGACUUUGUUCAAUCUCACCAAGAAGAGCUGCUUUUAAUACUUGAAUCGACGAAACUCGAUUUGAUUGAGUUUAUUUUGAAAAGGCUAAGAGCUGGUGUAGUUGAACCUAGUUGUUCAGUAGACAAUCUACCGGAAUGCAUUUUAAAGUCAGUAACUAGAUUAGUUCUUCAUGAAAAACUUUCUUUAUCUAUGGAAGCCCAAAAUUUCCUGAUAACUUUGGCUACAAAAUGUCCUCUUGGUUUGAAAAGCGUUUUAGGGCCCAAUGUAGUCGGUGCAUUAAAUCCACUGUGUUCUAAAUCUGAGCAUUUAAUAAGAGUUUCUGAAUUUGCUGUACAUCUAGUUUCCAAACAACCUGAAGUGUUCAAAGACGUUGAAAAUUCUGGUUUGUUUCAACCUAUUUUGGAUGGUUUAAAUUCGAGAGAUCCUCUAGUCCGCUUGAACUGGUUAGAAUUAGGGAAAUUGUUGACUGUUUCAGAGACGGGUUAUCACUUUCUGAAUAGGCAAGGUGUGUUCUCUAGAUUAUUGGACGAUUUGUAUUCUUCUGCUUCGGAUCCAUUAGGUGAUUUACUACUUCCAGGAUACAUUGGAUUUUUUGGUAAUCUUGCUAAACGAGACCCUGACCAUUGGUUAGGGUCAAAAAGCGAUGGAAGGUUUAAGAAUGUAUUAUCAGAUGCGGUCGAUAAUAAUGCUAUCAGUAUUUCUAUGGUGGCAUUUGAAUCUAUUAGCUGUAUAGCGACUACACCAACAGGUCGGAUUACCUUAGAUAAGUUAUUUGCUAAAGGUGGCUCAUUUGAUAGUGUUUUGAACAAGCUUUUUGUAUUUAUUUCCAAUUCACCAACUGAGAUAUGCACUAGAGCUGUCGAAUGCUAUAGUUUUCUUCUACGUCGACCUGAUGGGAUAGAUUCAGAAGGCUUAUUUGCCGAUGCCGUACUUUCUCUUAACUGGGCAAUAAUUUCUUGUCAAAAAAGCAUUGAUACAACAAAUCCCAAUUCAGUUGAAGAUAAAGAAUUAUUAAUUGCUCCACUACUGAAACGCCUUUAUUCUCUUGCAACUCAACCAUUUUUUGAGGUGCGUGUAGCAGUAUUCAAAGCUAUCGAUGCGAUUGUAACGCAGAUUCAUUAAAUAUGCUUUAACAAAAAAUCAGAAAAGAAUGAUGGAUAUCAUAUACUUCGGGAUUCAGAAUAAGGCAAAAAAAAGAACUGCGAAAAAUGAAACAGCAUUGAUGUCCUCUGCUUGGUUACGACAGAAUACGAUAUACAACUAACGGCACUCACUUGAACGUGUAGAACACCACCGUCGCAAAUCAGAAGAUGGAUGAAGUAGGGGAAGUGAUUAUUGGGUAAGAAUCAAAAAUGUGCAAACAAAAAUGAGUAUUUAUAGCUAUUAGUAUGGACUGUGACAUUAUAAUUCAGCCAAUCUAGAAGUAGGUGUGUUGUCCAAUUAUAGCAUGCCACGUUGGUGUUCUACGAGACUAUCAGGUUCCGAUUGAAUGGAAUCUCUUCGGCUUCUUUAGAGUCUCUGGAGGCUUCGUCGUGCUUCUUGAAGCCAUCCCGACAGUUGGUACAGUCAAUUUUUGGGAUACAAAUAAGAUAAAUAAACGCCGAUACAAUCAAAGUGGCUUGCUAGCUAAACGGCAGUAUUACCAGUGAUCUUUGUAAAUCAGGAGUCUUAGGCAAGUGUUUUUUUAAAAUAAGUUACAAUCUACAAAUUACAUAAAAUUGAUGGAGAUUACUGGUUACAUUGAGAAAAUGGAUGAAGUUUUAAUGAAGACAAUCUCUGGCCUAGUACUUGUCAGUCAAUAUUUAGAAUUUCUUUAAUUAUAAAAUCGCAAGUGACCAAUUUAUAUUAAAUCAUAAUAGUAUGUGCGAAAUUAUUCAACUCACCCAGAUUUACGAUUGUUCUCUUUCAACAAGUUUAAAAAGCGUCGUGCUGCAGAUCUGAUAGGUUUUUGUGUUGAUGGAAAUUUCUCUAGAAGUUUAACAAUAUGAUCUUGAAGAAACUAGAUAACAAAAACCAAACAAAUGGAUUUUUUCAAUAUACAACUUCCCUGUUUUCACUUUAUCAAAUGUAUAAUCAUGACUAAUAACUAAAGGAGUCGCUCAAGAGAAUUAUAUCGUUUAAUUUUUUAUCCUUAAACCACCGUGCUCAGAGAACGCAAUUUCAACAAAAUCUAUAGCAGUUAUAGGCGGAUGAGAUCGAACUAUAUCAAAACAACUUUUGAGAAAAGAAACAAAGUCAAAUAUCGAGAGAUAAGGAAAAUAAGAUAUCGC